AUGAUGGAGCCGCUGGCCGCUGGGGUGCCGUCCAUUUCGGCGGCGGUCGCGGCGGCGGCGGCAGCGGCAGCAACGGUGACGGUCUCCACGGCCGUGGAGGCGUUGGGGGUGGUGGCAGGGACGGCGAUGGCGCCACUGUCGGCGGCGGGGGGCACGGCAGCAGCGGCAGCGGCAGCGGCGUCCUCGGUCGCCGCGUUGGCACCGGGCAGCGAGACAUGCGCGGCGGCGACGGUGGAGGCGUCGGCGGCGGCGGGCACGGCAGCAGCGGCAGCGGCAGCGUCGUCCCCGGUCGCCGCGUUGGCACCGGGCAGCGAGACACGCGCAGCGGCGACGGUGGAGGCGUCGACGGCGGGGGGCAUGGCAGCAGCGGCAGCGGCAGCGGCGUCCCCGGUCGCCGCGUUGGCACCGGGCAGCGAGACACGCGCGGCGGCGACGGUGGAGGCGUCGACGGCGGGGGGCACGGCAGCAGCGGCAGCGGCAGCGUCGUCCCUGGUCGCCGGGUUGGCACCGGGCAGCGAGACACGCGCAGCGGAGAUGGUGGAGGCGUCGGCGGCGGGGGUCAUGGCAGCAGCGGCAGCGGCAGCGUCGUCCCUGGUCGCCGCGUUGGCACCGGGCAGCGAGACACGCGCAGCGGAGGUGGUGGAGGCGUCGGCGGCGGGGGGCACGGAAGCAGCGGGAGCAUCAGCGUCGUUCCCGGUCGCCGCGUUGACGCCGGGCUUUCCGACGGACGCAGCGGGGAUGGAAGCAAUGGCGUCGGCGUCGGCGGCGUCGGCCGGGGGACGACCGGUAGCGGGGGCAGCAGCAGCGGCGUCCCCGGUCGCCGCGUUGACGUCGGGCAUUCGGACGGCCGCAGCGGCGUUGGCAACGGCGGAGGCGGCGGCGUUGGCCGUGAUAGAGGAGAUGGCGACGCCCGUGGGGUGCACACUUGGGUCCGCAACCGCGACGCGCCCGACAGCAGCUUCGUCAUCGACCCCGACCCCGACCCCGACCGGAGUGGCCCCGACCCGCGUCAGCCUCCGCGCGCGCCGCAUUUGCAGACCCAGCAGCAACGUUAUCAGGUUACCCCCUCCGUCACGAGUGUUUCGAGGGCCGCAGCUGCCGGAUGGACCAGCGAGCGAGCGCCAGACCCCGACAUCAUGGGCGGAGGCGCACUCGGGAGAGGACAGCGACAUCUGGUACAGCGCUGAGGAGGCGGAGUUAACCGGGCUGCUCGAGGCCGAGACGUUUGGGCCGGCGGCAGGCUCGUAG